GCCGCACGCAGGGGCGCAGGGCUCGCACCGGCCAGAGGGGCCGCGCUGAGGGGGCCCGGCGCUGCCCCUGCCCCUGGAGGCCGGGCGCGGAAGAGGCUAGUUUGACGCGCAGAGCGCAGGGAGAGUGUCCACGGCGGCCCAGGCCCGGUCCCGAGGUUAACGGUCCCAAAGCCUGAAGCGUUAGCGGAGCGGGGCUCGCGAGUGGAGUCCUUCUCGCCGCCUGUACCGGGGGAGUCGUUUGCCGAAAGCGGGCCGCAAGGAGAAGCGUGGCUCCAGGGCCGCGGCCAACGAAAGAAGACACACGAGUUUCCGACCGAGCGGCUGUGUGGCGGGAGCAAGGCCGGCGUCCAAGAGAACAGUUAGGGCCCGAGCGUGCAGAGCCGCGGCGGAGGUCCUGGCUCUACUUCUUCUACCACCACAAGCUUCAGCAUGGCAGAAUCUCUCACCACUUUCUCUGAUCCGAGGACAGAAAUGAGCAUUCUGGAAAUCAACCAGUACUUGUGCUCCCAGCUGGAAAAAAACGAACAGAACUUCCGAGACCUCACGGAGAAAUUCCUCAUAUCCAAAGCUACUGCUUACACCCUGGCCAACCAGCUGCAGAAAUACAAGUGUGAAGAGUACAAAGGCCUCAUCGAAUCCGUGCUGGAGGAAGAAGUACAGUUUGACAGGCAGCUGGCAGAGAAGAUGACACCAGCUGCAAGGCUUGGGAAAUAUGAUCCCCUAAUUCAGGCUCAGGCGCGAGAACUGACCCACUUACGACAGAGGAUACAGGAAGGGAAAGGUGUCUGUUAUCUUUUCAUUCAGCAUACAAAGAGCACGGUCAAGUCUUUUGAAGCCCUCUUCAGGAGCACUGACAUUGCCCGCUACCAGGGACAGAGAUUCUGUGAACAACUGGCCCAAGGAAGCCAACUGGCAGAGAACCUUGCCAGCAAACUCACCACUGAAAAUCACAAUGAUAAGAAGGAUGAAGAUGGACAGGAGCCUCUGGCACCCAGGCUCAGGAGGGAGCUCCAGGAGGAAGAAGAGAAUGAAGUCUCGGAAGACUCACUAGGUGAACGGUAUUUGACUCAUUCCAGUCGCUGUGACUCUCACCAGCCUCCCAGCAGCAGUGCCUUCCCCUCUGAUGUGCAGGAAGCCAGCUCUGCUGCGGAAGUCACCGAAGAUGAGAUCCAGAGCCUGCACCAGCACCUGAAGGAAAUUAUUUUCAUCAAUGACUGCCUUCAAGAAAAGCUGGAACAUCAUCUCAGCAUUUCUGACCAAGGAAACGGAUACACGUCUAACCUCAACAGGCAGAGCUUGGAGUCUGUUGCCCAGCUGUACAAUGAAAACAGAGGUAUCAGGGGAAAAAGUCUGAGCCUUUUGGCUCACCUGAAUCGUAUUUCCAGAGGUAAGAACUAAUAGUGGAAAUAUGAAAAGUUCUUAUUUCAACAAAGCUUAGUCAUAAAUAGUUCCCCCAUUGAUGAGAAAAGCUAAGACAACAAAACAGUGAAAUUCCCAAAUCUGAAAGCAAGAAGCCUUCAUCUCUAAGAAUCAAAUUUCACAGCCACUCUAGAUUUUUACUCCAAAUGGAUAGUUUGAUUGCAGAAAUCACAGCUCUUCAGCCUGCAAAUUUGACAACUACGUAAGAGACACCAAUACCUAGAUUCACAGAUGAUCUUGAGAUGCCUGACCCUUUUCUCUCUCCACCCCCAUCCUGUGCAUAACUGGAGUCAGCAGCAGCUGGAAGAAAAUGUCAAGGACUUGGGUCAAGAAUAAGGCAGAAUAAUGUCAUGGCCGACUAUUCAUCAGCUCUUCAGCACAUGUCCAUUUCCUUGAAGGAUGAAAGUUUAGAAAUCUCAAAGAAUAAGGUUUAUUUUAUAUACA